AUGACCGCACCCCUCCACUUCCUCCGCCAUCAUCUUCGACACCACCAUCUCACCCGCAAGUUCCCCCGCCAGCCUUGUGGAAAAAGAACUACAUCUUGCAUCCCCCAGCCACGCCCGCUGCUUGAAAACCAGCAACAGCCGCCUCGACCAGGUAAGAUGCGGAGAUUCGCGCCGUUGAACCCCGAGCUGCGGAAGCUGGAGGUGCAGGGUGCGGGGGAGACGGUGCCGGUGUUGCGGGGGGUUGUGUUUGAUGUGGAUGGGACGCUGUGCCUUCCUCAGCACUACAUGUUUCAAGAAAUGCGAUCUGCCCUAGGGAUUGACAAGUCCGUCGACAUCAUAACCCAUAUCCGCAGCCUUCCCACUCUGGAAGAGCGUACAGCCGCCGCAGCCAAAGUCCAAGCCAUCGAACGUGCUGCAAUGGUAAAACAAAAGCCGCAACCCGGCCUCAUCCAGCUCAUGGAUUACCUCCACUCCAAGGGUAUGAAGCGCGCGCUAUGUACGCGGAAUUUCGAGGCUCCGGUGACGCAUCUUUUAACUACACAUUUGCCAACGCACGAGUUCACUCCGAUAAUAACGCGGGACACGCCCGAUCUAAUGCCAAAGCCGGACCCGGCUGGGAUCCUGCACAUUGCGAAAGAAUGGGGCCUGGAGAACGGAGCGGACGAUUUGAUCAUGGUUGGAGAUAGCUUAGACGACAUGACCGCUGGCCACAAAGCCGGAGCUGCCACCGUUCUCUUGGUCAACGACCAUAACCAGGCGCUGAAAGAACACGACCAUACGGAUUUGUGGAUAGAGCAGUUGGAUGAGUUGAUUGGCAUUUUAGAAAAUGGUUUCCUAUCUCUCAGAAAAGGGUCGUGA